AUGGACUUAUAUGAUGAGUUACCUAAUAGUGAACUAUUAUAUCUCCCAGAGUUCACUCUCAUACUUGAAGCCUCUGCACAGAAUAAUGUCACGGUUAUGGAAUUUUUAAUGUUGAAUCCUAAUGAUUUAUCAAGAGUAUUGAAACGGUCAAUCAAUGAAGUGGUGAAAUUUAAACAAAUCCUUAUCAGAGAAUUGGAACAACAAAAUGAAGAAAAAGAUAAACCAGUUUUACUUACUGAACUUAGCAAACCAGUUUCCUUUACAACAGGCGAUGUGGAAAUUGAUAAUCUUCUUGGUGGUGGUAUAUAUACACAUGGUAUAACAGAAAUAUUUGGUGAGAGUUCUACUGGUAAAUCUCAAUUUCUAAUGUUAUUAUCUUUAAGUGUCCAGCUUCCUCUCUCACUUGGUGGUUUAAAUGGUAAAAGUGUGUACAUAACGACAGAAGGCGAUUUACCUACUGAAAGAUUAAAAGAAAUAAUAACAUCAAGGCCUGAAUUUUCUAAUAAUAAUGUGUCACAAAGUAAUAUAUUUACUGUUGGUUGUAAUGAUUUAAUGACCCAAGAGCAUAUCAUUAAAGUCCAAUUGCCAGUAUUACUUGAACAAAAUAAGGAUAUUAAUCUACUUAUUAUAGAUUCUAUCUCUCAUCAUAUGAGAGUUGAGUUACAAAGUAGUUCUUUCAAAGAAUCUCAUGCAAAUAGACAUUAUAUCAAUGAACUCGCUGAACACUUAUUAUUUUUGGCUAAAAAAUAUUCAGUAGCAAUAGUAGUAGCAAAUCAAGUCAGUGACAAAAUACUUCUCACGUCUACCGAUUCUUUUUCUCAUGAAAUUAGUGACUAUGAUUAUCAAAUGGGAUGGAUUGUUGGAUGGAAAGAUUCAAGUAUAGUUUACAGACAAAAACUAAGCGAAUCAAAUGUUAAUAAUAAAAAUAAUUUGGAAGAUAGUGCAAUUUUAUCUGAUGAUGACGAUUAUAUGUUGGUAGAAAGGGAAAUAAAUAAAGCCAUGGAAAUAAAUGGUAUAAGAGUGAAACAAGAAUUUAUAAAUAACGAUAAGAAAUCUAGUAAGGCUAGUAAUAACAACAAAGAGGGUUUACAAAAUGUAGAGGAAGGAAUUUCAAAAAGUUUCAAUGCACCGAAAAAUAAUAAAAUAGUAAAAAGGAAAGUUGACACACACACGCCAAACUUAGGAUUGUCUUGGGCUAAUCAUGUUUCAACUCGAAUAUUAUUGAAAAAAUCAUAUAAAGCAUCGUUACUAGUAACUAGAGGUGAAGCACACUUGUACAAAGGGAACGACCCAUCUGCAUUUUGGCAAGUAAAGAGGAUAAUGAAAAUUGUCUUUUCUACCUACACGACAAAUAAAGAAUUAGCAUAUACUAUUUCAGAAAAAGGUAUCGAGUACAUGUAA